AUGUCUUCCUCGUCGCCCCAGAUCACUGGACAGCAGCCCUUGCGGUCAGCCAUGAAGACGGACGAAGAUUGCGCAUCCAACCCCGGUAAAGUUGUCCAAAUCGCUGAGCCAGAGGCUGACGCUGCCGCUCCACCUCCAACUGCCCCUCUUCCUGAGCAUUCGGCCCAUCACAAGAGGCAGUACGCCGCCAACAUGGCCAAGAGGCUGACAGGUCGCAUGGGCCUUACCAGCUCCUCCUCCUCUCGCUCUUCCCCAGUCAUGGAGCCGUCGCCUGGCCCGUCUUUUGACGAUGUCGCCGCUGCUGCCGCGGCUCAACCGUCCCACCAUCAUCAUCGCCACGGCCACAAGCAUUACUACGAGAGUCAGAAGCUGCUUGCCCAGCUCAACGACUGGUUGGAGCAUGAAAAGAAGAAGAAAGCUACCCGCAAGAGCAAGACAUCACCCCGACGCCGCUCACCACAGUCAAAGGUCAAGAAGGAACGAUCUUCGGCGGCGCCAGAGACGGCGGAGCCAACAGCCCAGCCCGCCGCUCCCCGUUCACGCUCCGACUCCAUUGAUUCUGACUCUAGCGAUGUUUCGUUUGAUAGGCUGCAGAGGAUCAUCGAGGACAGCAUGGCUUCCAUGGGCAUCAACUCGGUUCCUCAAAUGAGCCCCAAGGUCGGUAGGCGCCCCUCUCUUCGCCACAAGAAGUCGUUGUCGCGUAGCAUGCUGCUAAGGACGGCGAGCUCUGAUACCGACUACAUUGGCGAUGACGUUGUUGUACCAACUUGCGACGCUAUUCUCGAUAACUCAAAGACUCUGAGCUAUAGUGGCGGUGGCAAAAGCACCGAUGACCUGACCCUUGGUGGCCAGGUAGACGAAAAGGAAAAGGCCUGGGAAACUUUCAAGAACGAAAUCGUGCGUCUGGCCCAUACUCUGAGGAUCAAAGGAUGGAGAAGAGUUCCCCUUGAUAGUGGCAACAACGUCUUGGUGCAACGCCUUAGCGGAGCCUUGACCAACGCCGUCUACGUCGUCUCACCCCCCGAGGAUCUCGAGGAAGUGCCCGGCAAGAAGCCCCCGCCAAAGUUGCUGCUGCGGAUCUAUGGACUCGAAGCCCUCAUCGAUCGUGAGAAUGAACUCAGCGUGCUCCGACGACUUGCACGGAAGAAAAUUGGCCCAAGACUUCUCGGUUGCUUCACCAACGGCCGUUUCGAGGAGUACUUCAACUCCAUCACCCUCACCCCCAACGACCUACGCGAUCCCGAUACCUCCAAGCAAAUUGCCAAGCGUAUGCGGGAGCUGCACUUUGGCAUCGACGUCUUAGAAAAGGAGAAGGACGAGGGCCCGGCGGUGCUGAAGAACUGGGAUGCUUGGCUCGGUAACGUUGAGAAGAAGAUCUGUGCUCUUGAUGAAGGUGUCCGGAAUGGUAACUGCGUCUUCCGCGACCGCGGCUACGUUUGCGGCGUGGAAUGGAAGCAGUUCAAAGAGCUUUACGAUAAGUAUCGCGAGUUGGCUCUCAGCGCCUACAAAGGCCACUCCAUCCGCGAGCGCCUCGUCUUUGCCCACAACGACACCCAAUACGGCAACAUUCUUCGCAUGCGCCCCGAAGACGAAAAGUCACCCCUUCUGAAGCCGGCAAACGAGCACAAGCAACUCGUCGUCAUCGACUUUGAGUACGCGUCCGCCAACGUCCCCGGCCUCGAAUUCGCCAACCAUUUCACUGAGUGGUCCUACAAUUACCACCACGAGACCCUACCAUUUGUCUGCAACACGGUCGUCUACCCAACCAUCCAGGAACAGCGCCGCUUCCUCAAGGCCUACGUCGAGCACCGCCCGCAAUACACCCACGGGGGCGGCUCCACACCCCGCCUCACACCCGCCGACGGCAGCACCACCCCGGCCCUUCUCCCGACGAGCUCGUCGAGCUCCAUUAUCGAGUUCAUGCUGGACGCCCGCGUGCCGCCCAAUCACUGGAAGGAGGAGGAGCGCCGCGCAGAGGAGGCCGUCGAGGCUGAGGUCAAGGAGUUGUACGAGGAGACGCGCCUGUGGCGCGGCAUCAACAGCGCGCAGUGGGUCGCAUGGGGCGUCGUCCAGGCUAAAGUGCCCGGCUUCGAGUCCCAGGAGGAGAUUGAGCGGAAGGAGAAGCAGGCGCAGAACAAGGCCGCCGCCGCCGCUGGUAGCGCCGAAGCCAAGGCCGAGGUCCAGGCAGCGGCUGAGGAGGAGGAUGAGGGCGACGAGUACGAUUACUUGGGGUAUGCCCAGGAGCGUGCCUUCUUCUUCUUGGGAGAUUGCGUGCUCAUGGGUAUCGUCAAGAAGGAGGAGCUGCCGGAGGAUGUGCAGAGCCGGCUCAAGAUUGUGGAUUACUGA